CGCGGGGGAAGCAGGGCAAUACCUCUGUCGGGUGAGGGCGGACGGAGUCGGCAGCGACCUCGGCUGUGCAGCCGUCGCUGCCUGGCACACGGGGCGCGCCCUGACCCUUUCUCUUUGGGUAGGCUCGAGGGCGCGCGCUCGGUAGGGGCCUCGAUCUCCGGGCCUCUACCCGGCAGGCCACGGAUUCCCCACUGCCGCCAAGUGCGGGCGCCAGAGGAGCGGCGGCGCCAGAAGACGUGCCCCAGGCUCUGCCGGACCGGCUCGCGUGGCCGCCUGGUCCUGUGCAUCCGAGCGGCGGUUUCCCUUGAAGCUUUCUCACGAACUGCUAAGCAAAGCUUUGUUAGACCGUCUAGAUAAAGAAAUUGAGACACAGAGAUAUUAAGGAUAUUCUUUUAAAGAAUUAAUUGAAGAUGAAGGUUUUUUGUUUUUGAUUUUUUUAAUGGCUUUACAGAAUCUUAAAUAGUUUGACAUGACGGCAAAAAAUGUUGGUUUGACUUCCACAAAUGCAGAACUAAGAGGAUUUAUAGAUCAGAAUCUCAGUCCAACAAAAGUUUCCAGCGCCAACUCACCAACAAAAAUUUUACCAAAAACCUUAGGACCAAUAAAUGUGAAUGUUGGACCCCAAAUGAUCAUAAGCACACCACAGAGACUAGCCAGCUCAGGAAGUGUUCUGAUUGGGAGCCCGUACACCCCUGCACCAGCAAUGGUCACUCAGACUCACAUCGCAGAAGCCACUGGCUGGGUCCCCAGUGAUAGAAAACGGGCUAGAGAAUUUAUAGACUCUGAUUUUUCAGAAAGUAAACGAAGCAAAAAAGGAGAUAAAAAUGGAAAAGGCUUGAGACAUUUUUCUAUGAAAGUAUGUGAGAAAGUUCAGCGAAAAGGUACAACAUCAUAUAAUGAAGUAGCUGAUGAGCUGGUUUCAGAGUUCACCAAUUCCAACAACCACUUGGCAGCUGAUUCGCAGGCUUAUGAUCAGAAGAACAUUAGGCGAAGAGUUUAUGAUGCUUUAAAUGUGUUAAUGGCAAUGAACAUAAUUUCAAAGGAAAAGAAAGAGAUCAAGUGGAUUGGCCUGCCUACCAAUUCUGCUCAGGAAUGUCAAAACCUGGAGAUAGAGAAGCAGAGGCGAAUAGAACGAAUAAAGCAGAAGAGGGCCCAGCUACAAGAACUUCUCCUGCAGCAAAUUGCUUUCAAAAACCUGGUACAGAGAAAUCGGCAAAAUGAACAGCAAAACCAGGGCCCUCCAGCUCUGAACUCCACAAUUCAGCUGCCAUUUAUAAUCAUCAAUACGAGCAGAAAAACUGUCAUAGAUUGCAGCAUCUCCAGUGACAAGUUUGAAUACCUCUUUAACUUUGACAACACCUUUGAGAUCCAUGAUGACAUAGAAGUACUGAAACGGAUGGGAAUGUCCUUUGGCCUGGAGUCGGGCAAUUGCUCUCUGGAGGACCUGAAACUUGCUAAAUCACUGGUGCCAAAGGCUUUAGAAGGUUAUAUCACAGAUAUCUCCACAGGGCCUUCUUGGUUAAAUCAGGGACUACUUUUGAACUCUACCCAAUCAGUUUCAAAUUUAGACCUGCCCACUGGUGCCACCUUACCCCAGUCAAGCGUAAACCAGGGGUUGUGCCUGGAUGCUGAAGUGGCCUUAGCAACUGGGCAGUUCCUUGCCCCAAACAGUCACCAGUCCAGCAGUGCGGCCUCCCACUGCUCCGAGUCCCGCGGAGAGACCCCCUGCUCGUUCAACGAUGAAGACGAGGAAGAUGACGAGGAGGACUCCUCCUCCCCAGAAUAAAGACAGGAGAGAACUCACGUUCCCACAUUGAUGCUCGUGUGUGUUAGUGUGAGCUCUUGUUUUGAGAUGAUUUCUUCAGUCUUUGCCUUUGUUUGCACCGUGUGUUCAGUGAGAACUAGAGAAACACAGCCAGCAAGUUACUCGAAGGCUGAGAGGAUUGGAAUGUUAACAUAGUGUGAGUGAGAACUGGCCACGGCACUAGGUCCCACCCGCACAAAGCGCCUUUCCUGAGAGGGGGUAUGAUCCCCAGAACAGGCCCAGGAACAGGCACGUCUCCGGGAGGCCGGCUCUCUGUGGCACCCUCACCUGCGUAAUCAUUUUAGAAUUGAGGUUGCUACAAGGAGCAGCCCCAGUGACCAUGUCUCUCCCCCUUCCUGGGCUGCCUCUGACAGGCAGACACGAACACGCAAGUGCCGGUGGGGGUGGAGAUCGAAGUCCUGGUGGCCCAGGAGCACAGGUUAACUGCUGAACUAGUUGGGAGUUUAGUUGAGGUGCUUUUAUGCAUCUGCUGCCUUAGACAGCUUCUAGAAAGGAGCAAGCGCUCGUUCUGAAGUACUUAAAUGACAUUUAGAAUAAUUUAUAGCAAAACCGAAAUUACCAUUAGCCAAUGCGUCGGUGCAUAGGAUUUCCUAGGCUACUUCUGGAAGCCAAACUAGAAUAGCAUUUCCAUGUGCAUUAACCACUCUGCCAGCACUGCCUUCUGCCAGCAUUCUAAACCUGGGGUUCCACAGAGAAGGAAACUGUAUCAUUUUACUCAAAGCUGUGCAUUUCAUACAGCUUUUUCAUUUAUAAUGAAAGAAAGAAGCAAAUUCCUAUGACCAAGUUGCUUGCCUACCGCUCUCUGCAGUCAUUGUAUGAUCUCACCCAGUGUGCAAUUUGUGAAAAUGAACCAAAUGUCAUUAAUUUUGCCUUGAAAGAAAAGUCUGUUUCAAGAAUAUGAACAACAAUGUUUUCUUGUACAUGUGACCUUUUUUCACAUUUUAAUUAAUCAAAAUGACCUUACUAGAUUGGUUCCUGGGUAAUUUGCCCUUCAAACUAACCCAAUAUUUCUGUGCAAAUGUUGAACGCUGCAGUUGUCAGAUGCAUGGUAGCGAGGAGCGUAGGAUGGGAUUUCAUAGCCAAAGGUGCAUCCACUUCUCCGAGUGAAGAGUGUGCGAGGCCAUACCCCCAACCUAAUUACACAAAGAAUAGUAGAACUAACUCUUGAACACAGGGAUUUGUCCUGGCGUUGUGCACCUAGCACGAAAUGUGGCCCAGGUGGGCUCGUUCCUUAAUCCUAGAGGGCAAGUGCAGGCUCCCAACAUGCCUUUCUACAGCUCCACCACCAAGCUCACAGGGAGCUGGAGCUGAGAGCUAUGGUUGGCUAGUUUUUUGUUGUUUUUUUUUAAACUAAGACCUUAAACACUGAAAGGCAAGAACAUACAACUUUAGCUUAGGCUCCUUUGAGAUGAAACCCUCAUUCUGAUAGCACUAAGCUGUAGUGCAAACCCAGAGUAUCCAAAGGGCAGGAGGCCUUGGCAGGUGCAGGGGCUUCUGCCUUGGCAUGAGCUGGGCAGCACAACGAGAGCAUCUCCCAGGAGCAUCCGGGAAGUGCCAGGCCUGCGGGGGCCUUCUGACUGGAAGGCCUUCACCUGACAGAUAAGUGACCUGCGGUGUCCCUCCACAACAUCCGUGAAGGGGGUGCCUCUUUCUCUACUAACCCCCACCUUUCUCCUCUCCCUACUGGAAGGAAAGGGGGCCCAGCAGGGACCUGGACAGACCAAGGGCCACAGUUAGCUUUUUAGUGUUCAAAAUGUUGAAAUGCAGGUUCCAUAGACAGUCAGACAUUGGAGACGGAUCCAUGAAUCAUUCUCAUUCCUUUGCCAGACAGCAGCAUUCCCCCAGAGUCCUUGAGAAACCAUUUCCUUCUCUCCUGUCUCCGUUGCUGAAGUGCUUUAACAUAAAGUACAGGCUUAAAAAAGGCAACUGAAGACCAUCAUCCUCUUUGUCCAUCACUGGCUGUCCUGGCCAUGUGUGGUGCUGGCAGGGAAGGUCCCAGUUCUGCUCCUUAGGGAUGCAUUUGGGGCACUGCUGAGGACAUGUCGCAGAGUGGUGCCGUGGUACCAGUACACUCUGACGUGAGGCUCCCCUACCCCCAAGGGUCACUGUCUUCUCAAGGGUACAGUGACAUUCAGUUAGGAACUGUGCUCCAUGGAAUACAUGCAGCUGGCUCUAGGAGACCCUUUGUGGGAGGAGCCUCGCUGCCAGGGAACACGGUGCCCUUCAGGGUGCCCUUCGCCAUCCCCACUGUAGGUGUCUUCCAUCCACAUGCUCUUUGUGUGGGGAAAGCAGUUUCAGGAAGUUCAUGUAUGUUGUACCUUAUGAUUGUGGAGGGCUUUGGAAAGGGGGCAGGAAACGAGGGGCCCCCUAGACCUCAGAAGUGCCCAUUGCCCUAGAAAAUCAGGGGUGGAGGACAUAAGUUUUAAGUUCUUCCAUUUGAGUCUUUAAAGAAGCAAGGGUCGGGAGGUUCCUAUGUAGCUUCUGCGAUUUUACCAGGAUGGGCGGGGAGAGCACCUCCUGUUGGUAGAACUUGUCAUAACAGGACUCUGCCUUAUUUGAAAAAUAAAGCCAGGACCUGACCCCAAAAAGAAAGUGGCCCUUGUCAGAUAAUCCACAUAGAGACUUCAGGAAGGAGGGGCUCCCUGCAGCCCCACAGCCAUCUGUGAUUACGCUCUUUGCUAAAUCAAAGCUCUUUGGGGCUUCUUAGGUCACAGAGACAGCACAGUAUGUGUCUUAGGCCCUUGGGACACUGUGUGUGUGUGUGUGUGUGUUUGUGUGUGUGUGUGUGUUGGGGGCUAGCUGACGAUGGGAACUGCCUCAGCUGGUUCAGACAUAACCACACCAAGAGAGAGCAGUCAAUUUAGUUCUGUUGAGUUUUGUAAAUGAUUCAUUUCAAGGGCUUUUAUACUCAAGCUCCCUCUCUAACAUACAAGGGUUGUCUCUAGUCAAUAAAUCUGUGACAAAGACCUUAAAACUGUGCUGCCUUGGUGGUAAGUAUGGGGCAGGGUUUGUUCCUCCCCCACAAAAGAUUUAAAAGAAUACUAACCUUAGCUCUCAGCAGUGUCCAUAACCAGGAGUCACAUAGACUCACAGGCUCUCUUGGCCUCCCUGCCUUCUUGUUUGCCCUCACAACCAGGCCUUAGAGAGGGAGAGCGUCUCUGCAUGUUCUCUGAGUCCUUAGAUGUACAGAGACCUAACAUUUCACGCUGGAGACAGGAGAGAGAGCCUCAUCCAGCAUGUGGGCUGGCUCUGGUGACAGGGAGGACUGGACACCUGAGAACUGGCUUCCCAGUGAGGUUCCCCGUUUUUAUGCACCAAAGCCGUGUCAAGCACUGAUUGGUCACCAAUAUGUAUUUUUUUGAAGAACCAGUGUGUUUAAGGAGUCCCCACCACGCCAUUUGAAUGACUCAGAAAUGUGCCUUUCUGCCCCCAACUCAGAGUUGAUACUGUGUUCUGUUAACUCCACUUAAGCCGAACACUCACAGGAAAAGCCUGAUGUUUGCUAAGGAUUUUACUUUUCUAAACAAAUUUUUUCAAGCAAAAUGCCCACAAAAAUUAAAACAUUCUCAGGAAAAUAGCCCUUUUUAUAACCAAAAUAUCUCUGAAAAGUUAAGCUUAGUCUGUGGUUUUCCCGCGUACUCUAAUGGUCACAAUAUACUAAGGAAAACCCUGGGUAAGGGGGCCACAAAGCUAGCCCUUCACCAGUGUUGGGACGGGAGGGAGACUGACCAUGCGGCUGGCCUUUCUAACACGGCCAGCUCUUGUACUGCUCUCAUCUGGCCUUUGCUUUACCAUCCCUCAGUCCUGCAGGACUGAGGCUGUUGGGACCCUGUUGCAGCCGAGGGUAACCGGGCCUCCCUGCUCUAGCUGAAGUGCAGGGUUUGGACGAUGGGAGUGAACACCCCAGCCUGCUCAUGUGGGGACAGGAACACCGAGCACUCAGCUUGCCCGUGUCCCUCAGCCUCAGUGCGAUCUCACAAAACCCCUGGCUGCCACUUUCUUCCCUGAAGGGUCCUUGCCUUCACUGCAGUCCUUCCAGAGGGCUCUGGAUUAGCUUCAGUCCUGUGUCACCAAGUGCCAAGGAGCAGAAGUGAGACCUCCCCCAGCCCAGCAUGCACUGUGAGCUUGGGGUCUCUGACUCGGGCCCAGAGUUGGCAGUGGCAGCCAGGGAGAGGCGUUCCCCCAAGGAGACCCUCCAGGCCGGGCCGUGGUGGGGCCUGGGGUAAAGCUGCCAGCUGAGCCUCUGGGCCACUGGUUUCUUUCCAUCCCAUCUGUCACAGCAGUGUGAGGCUAUCUCCCCACCCCGAUCAUGUUUGGGUUUUAAAAGCCGCCCCUCAUCCUGGUCCCCAUGCCAGGCAUUAUUAAUUACAAAUGGCCUGAUAAUGUAGCUUGUUCAGACCGGAGGCAGAUCAUCCUGAGGUCUCUUGAUCUGGCAGCUUUCCUAAGAUGUGUCUCUGGGCAAGCUGCGGCUCUAUUUCAUCCACUCAUACCAAGAAGGUUCAUCCCUCCGGUGUCCUGAGAAGUGGACCAACCAGGUGACCCAGUGCAGUGCUGCCCAGGAGGUCUGGGCUUCAGGGACUGUCCCAAUACCUGGUUCCUCCACGUGAUUUGUUGUCAACAUACAUGACCUUGGACCUUGACUCUGAACCCAAAUCACCUUUUCUUCACCCUUUAAUUUGAAGAUGCUUUGUUCUGAUCAUGUGCUAUUAGGUUUUAUUCCCAGAAAAAUAUGGUUCUGCUUUUUUCUGCAUGAAGGAUAUACCAUGGUGCCACACGCUUAAGAAAUGAGGCCACAUCUGAUUUGCUAUGUGUAGAUGCUCCUGUAGAGUGAAGUACCUAACCCGAUAUGGUAUAUUAUUUUGUAGUAUCUCAAAGUUUGUAAAUAAAUACCCUUAUUUUUAUAUGGAAAUUUUAUAGAAGAGCUAUUUCUGUAUACAUAAUUAUUCCUGGGUUUUCUGAAAUUGCUUCAGCUAGGCAACCAACAAGUCCUAAGCAUCUUGAACCCCCCAAGCAUCACCUGCAGCGGAACUGACCGAGGGGUUGCACAAUGUUGCCUUCCCAGGACCCACUGGCCGCAGUCUCCGAGGUGGGCCUAGGAAGUGAUAUUUUUAAUAAGCUGACUGAUGUUUCUGUCAUUUCAAGUGUGAUUACUUUCUCCAUCCUGUAAGAUUAAAAGAAGAAACUUACACUCUAAAUGAGUAUAAGUUGCGCUUGAGAAAAAAAUGUAUCAGACUGUUUUAUGAUUUGAGAUGUAUUAUAGAAAAUAAAUAAUUUAAAAUAA